UAAUCAGAUUCUCUAAGAACAGACAUGAAAACUAUUCUCAACAGUUCAGGUUAAAUAAAUAUGUUUAGGCAAUUGUUUUUAGUGAAUUUUCUAAUAGUGUUAUAUAGUGCGUUAUGUGGUGGUCAGGUGCUGCAGUUUGGGGCAUGCCCCGAAAUUGAUACUAUGAAGUAUUUUGAUAUAGAAGAGUUCCAAGGCCGUUGGUACGAGAUCCUCCGGUUCCCAAUCUGGUACGAACAGUACGGUGACUGUGCUUACAAACGCAUCCAAUACUGCGGGCGACGGUUGGAGAUCGAACAUGUAUUCGUGAAGGAUGGCGUCCAGUUUGUGUUGCAUCUUAAUACUACUUACGUUCCUGGUGAUGACGCGAUUUUUGUUAUAAGGGAAAGUAAUAUUGAUCCAGUCGGCAUCCCAAUGAAUGUGGUGUUAACCGAUUACGAUAACUACGCUAUAGUUUACGGCUGUAAAUACAGUGAGGCUAUGGGAUUGAAAUACAUUUCAGCCUGGAUACUGUCACGGAGAACUACAUUACCUGAGGCAAUCAUGGCAAAAGUGAACCACGAGCUCAGAUCCUUACCGUACGCGAACACGGCAUAUUUUGAGGAGGUGGACCAAAGCAAUGAGAAAUGUGCAUCGCACUGGACGGCACAUGUUCAAGCUGUCAAUUAUAAUGGAGAUUUAUAGAAUUAAAUGCAUUUGAUAUAA